AUGGUGAACGCUGCUAUAGCUCGUAACGUUGUCGGCGUAAUAGGCAAUAUCAUCUCCUUUGGCAUGUUCUUCUCACCAGCUCCAACAUUCUAUGGAAUUGUAAAGAAGAAGGCAGUGGAGGAGUUCAAGCCAGAUCCUUACAUAGCUACGGUGCUGAAUUGUGCGUUUUGGGUGUUUUAUGGAAUGCCUUUUGUGCACCCUCACAGCAUUUUAGUCCUCACCAUCAAUAGCGUUGGCCUUGCCUUCGAAUUUGUCUAUCUUACCAUAUUUUAUAUCUAUGCUCCAAACAAAGGACGGAAAAAGGUACUACUUUUUCUUCUCAUCGAGGUUAUUUUCUUUGCCGCCGUUGUUCUUGUAACAUUGCUGGCACUGCAUGAGACUCGCCAAAGAUCGCUCGUGGUUGGUAUUCUUUCUGACGUCUUCAAUGUUAUGAUGUAUGUUGCUCCUCUUACGAUCAUGGCAAAGGUUAUAAAAACAAAGAGUGUGAAAUACAUGCCAUUCUGGCUCUCUCUGGCUAACUUCCUUAAUGGUGUGUGCUGGACAACAUAUGCUCUAAUCCACCCCUUUGACCUCUAUGUCCUGAUCAGCAACGGUAUCGGUGCAAUCGCUGGGUUUGCUCAGCUCGUACUAUAUGCUUGCUACUGCUCCAGCAAGAGUGAAGAUGAUGAUGACGAUCAUGACUUGAAACCAACUGGGGUUCAACUCUCCAAUUUAAACGGAAGAGUUGCAGUCUGA